AUGACAUUUGCGGGCAUGAACCACGUUGAUGCGCAUCUUCAUGACAACUUGGGAUUAUUGUCCGCCAGCGUUUGUUACAUUCUAUUCGCAAUUUCACCUUCUUCUUCCAAGCCAGAAGCACGUUGUGGAGACGGGAGGAGGAGCACACAUGGUUCCACUCGACUGUCAGAGUUUGACACUACUUCUUUCAACUGUGACUCGCUCCUCUCCCCGCAACGGGCCAACACUACUACUGCGCAAGCGCUCGCAGGUGACGUCACAUCCUCUGACAGUCACACCGAACGCCGUAUCAGACAAAGCAUGUUCCGAGCGCUAAGCACCUCCCUUUCACCAAAACCACCAUGUCUACCGCGAGGGGUAGCUCAACGGGAAGCCCUAGCAUUGAGAUUACAGAAAUCCGCGUUGAAUCCCAUCACAUCCUCAAAUCGGUCCAACUUUCGAUUGGAUCAAUGGUCAAAAUCAUUUGACAAGUUCGAUGUCGUCCUGAAGUUUAGCCGAUACGCAGGGGCAGAACCUCCGACGAGUGGCGACCUACGACCCACAACGGAUGAGUUAUUCAAGUUGGUCGAACGGUUCCGAGUCCUGGUCAUCGGCAAAGUGGCCCUCUUAUACCUCUAUUCUCAGGUAUUAGCUCACAGUUCGUUUUUACAGAGUGGUGUAGGGAAAUCUUCCCUUAUCAACGAAUGCUUCGGUGUCAAGGAUGCUGCGGUGGCUCAUUCAGAAGCUGGCGUGUCAAAUAUCAAUACUCCGAUUAUAGCCAGCGAAAACGGAAGAUUUGUUCUACACGACAGUCAGGGCUUCGAGCAUGGGGAGGGUGACAACUUCAAGAAAGUCGUUGAUUUUUUGAAAGUUCGGAAGGACAUGCCCAAUGUGAGGGAUCAGGUACAUGCUGUCUGGCUUUGUUUCCCAGUGUCCUUGUCUAAAGGUGAUCGUUUGUUCGAGGCUGGGGUGGAGGAGUUAUUCCGUAUGAAGUCCAACGGAGACCUUGGCCCAGUUCCUGUGAUCACCGUUUUUACCAAAUAUGAUAAGUUGGAAGAGCAGGUUGAAUAUGGUAACAAUCUAGAGUUCCACAAACGCAACAAACAUUUGGAUCGGGAAACCCGAAAUGCACGUCUUGCUGAGGAGACAGCAGCACAGUUCCAAGAGUUGUGUGUUGGUCCCUUCGAAAAGGUCGUCGGUAUAGACAUUCCGCACAUUGCCGUCUCAACCAAUAAAGAAUACAAGGAUACCAGAAAGAUGUUGAAUGAGCUUGUCCGUCUCACUGCUGACUGUGUUAAAAACACCCUGGCAGUUGACGUUGCUGAAGAUGUUGCGCUAGUCUCUGCCAUCGCCCAACGCGUGAAUCCAGCUGUAAAGAUCGAUGCGGGUUGGGAAGAAGCGUAUGAAUCUUUCGGCGUGCCCCUUGGUGAAAGUUAUUGGAUGGGUCUCGCAGCUAGCGUGAAUUUUCCAGGAAAAACUAUAGAAGAAUGCCUACGGGUUCUACAUACUGAUAUCGUUGAAGUGUGGAACAUUCAAGAUGGUUGCGGGUAUUUGGAAAGCAAGGAACUGAAAAAGCUAAUGUUCGAACUUGUUGGGAAUCAAUAUGACGAGCCGUCAGAUCCCAACACGAUAUUUCCCCAUGCUUAUUCGCUGCUUGGUGCCUUGACUAUGUUAAUUGGGGGUUUGACUGCACCUGCUGCUCCCAUUGUGAUUCCUAUUGUUGCGUCUCUCUUGCUGGCAAAAUGGAUUUUCGAUGUGUACAAGCAAUCGUAUGUCUUCCUCACUAUGCCAUGUCAAAAUGCUAAGCGGAAAAACCUCAGGGCACUCAUGCUACAACGUUUGAUGGCGUACAUCGUCGACUUCACGAUUAUUAUGCAAAUAAUUUUUGGCUUGGUGGUGAACGCCCGUCUGCGCCUUUCCCGCCGCUUGAUCAAGCUCGUCUUCAAGGCCUACAGCAUUUCAGACGAAAGGAGCAAAGUUCACAAGGAGAUUAAGGAACAUGUGAAGCUGGCAGGCCGCUUUGACCAGGAUGCAGCUCUGGCGAAGAUCAUCCAAUUGAUCAAGGAGUAUCAGAUGAAACCCGAGAUUAUGGAGGAGCUACAAAGUGCGGCUAAGGCCUUCGAGAACAAUGAAGACGAGGAUUGGGGCGUAGGCAAAACGUGA